AUGCCUGUCCUCUCACGCUUGGUGUCAAUUGUUCUCCGCAUAGCCCAGGUCGUCUUUGGUGCUGUUGUUGCCGGCAUCGUCGGUUGGUUCCUUCACACGUUUGAUAACACUGAUGUCUGGCCCAAGCCCCGAUGGAUCUACACCGAAGUGAUUGCUGCAAUAUCUAUAUUGUUCGGCCUAGUAUGGCUAAUCCCAUUCUCGUCGGGAUUCUUUACAUGGCCAUUGGAUUUGCUUAUUUCCUUUGCCUGGUUCGCUGCCUUCGGAAUACAAGUCGAUGCCAACAGACGACUGGGCUGCGGUAGCAUCUGGCAUUGGGGCUCGAUAACGGACAACACGUGGUGUGGCCGGUGGAAAGCCUCACAGGCAUUCAGUUUCCUUUCAGCUAUUGUCUGGAUUGCCUCUGCGCUUGUGGGCAUCUGGUUUACAUUCCGCGUCAGGAGACAUGCAACUGACCGAAUUGGUGGUCGAUAUCGUGUUUAA